GCUCCACCUUUCUUAUCUUUUUUAUUUUAUUUUUAAAAGUACUUCCUGGAUUUGAUUGCCAAUUUUUUUAAGGCAAAACCAGCAAAGUUCAAGUUUUGAUUGGAUCUAAAAGAUGGGUUACUGACAGUGGAUAUACUUCACUUGAUCACAUAGCUUCUGGUUCUGAUUAAUACAACUUUGUGGCACUCACCCAAAAGUGAAGUAGUUUUUUGCUAAGACUUUAAGAGAUGGAGAACAAACAAGAUGGUGUAAGCAAUGGUGAUGGGGAUGUACUACAUGACAUUGAAAAUGAAGGUGUAUUGUUGGAUGGGAAGGGCGAAAUUCGGAGGAAUUGGUCGGAGUUUUCGGAAAGGAACAUGUCAUAUGCAGAGCCACUGCUUGUUAAAAGGACUAACACAACCUCCCAGAUUGCUAUAAUUGGUGCCAACCUCAGCCCUAUUGAAAGCCUUGAUUAUGAGAUUUUUGAGAAUGAAAUUUUUAAUCAGGAUUGGAGGUCCAGGAAGAAAAUUCAGAUAAUCCAGUAUGUGAUACUUAAGUGGGGAUUUGCUCUUAUUAUUGGAUUAGGCACUGGACUAGUUGGCCUCUUCAAUAAUAUUUCAGUUGAGAACAUUGCUGGUUUCAAGUUGCUUAUGACAACCACUCUCAUGACUCAACACAGAUAUGUUGAGGCUUUUGUAGCAUAUGCCGGUAUCAAUGUAGUUUUAGCAGCAGCAGCUGCUGCACUUUGUGCUUUCAUUGCUCCAGCAGCAGCAGGCUCUGGUAUUCCGGAGGUGAAAGCAUAUUUGAACGGCGUGGAUGCGCAUUCUAUACUUGCUCCGAGCACUCUUUUUGUAAAGAUUUUUGGUUCCGUCCUUGGAGUUUCUGCUGGAUUUGUGGUAGGCAAAGAAGGACCUAUGGUACAUACAGGUGCAUGCAUAGCUAAUUUAUUGGGGCAAGGAGGAUCUCGCAAGUACGGUUUAACUUGGAAUUGGCUUAGAUAUUUCAAGAAUGACAGGGACCGGCAAGACAUGAUUACUUGUGGCGCGGCUGCUGGUGUUGCUGCUGCCUUUCGCGCACCAGUAGGUGGGGUCCUCUUUGCCCUUGAAGAGGCAGCUUCAUGGUGGAGGAGUGCUCUUUUGUGGAGGACAUUUUUCACCACAGCAGUAGUUGCUAUUGUUUUAAGAGCUGCAAUUCAGUUUUGCGCCACCGGGAAAUGCGGCUUAUUCGGAGAAGGUGGUCUGAUAAUGUAUGAUGUUGGUUCUUCCAAGGUAACAUACAGCGCCGGCGACGUACUAGCAGCAAUACUAUUGGGAGUCAUUGGAGGAGUUCUUGGAAGUGUAUAUAACUACCUUGUGGAUAAGGUUGUUCGGACAUAUAGCAUCAUCAAUGAAAAAGGUGCAGUUUUCAAAAUCAUACUUGUUGUCACAAUUGCUCUCUUGACAUCAUGUUGCUUUUAUUUCCUACCAUGGAUUGCAACCUGCAAACCCUGCCCUACUAAUGAAUCGGUGAUCUGUCCCUCGGUAGACGAGUCCGGAGAAUACAAAAGCUUUCAGUGCAAACCAGGCUACUAUGAUCUUGCUUCACUCUUCCUAAACACCAAUGAUGAUGCUAUUAGAAAUCUCUUCAGCUCUAGGAUAACCAAGGAGUUUCAUAUUUCAAGCUUGUUCAUCUACUUUGGCACUAUCUUCUUUCUUGGGAUAGCCACUUAUGGUAUUGCUGUUCCAUCAGGCCUCUUCAUUCCUGUUAUCCUAGCCGGGGCUGCAUACGGCCGGCUUGUUGGGAGACUAUUCGAACCGAUCGUUAAGCUGGACACAGGACUAUUUGCACUGCUUGGAGCUGCAUCCUUCCUUGGUGGCACAAUGAGAAUGACUGUCUCCAUUUGUGUCAUAUUGCUUGAGCUCACGAAUGACCUCUUAUUACUUCCUCUUGUGAUGCUGGUUUUAUUGAUAUCAAAAUCUGUGGCCGAUGGCUUCAACAAGGGUGUCUAUGACCAAAUUCUGAAGAUCAAAGGACUUCCUUAUAUGGAGUCUCAUGCAGAACCUUAUAUGAGGACUUUGGCUGCGCGAGACGUUGUCUCGGGUCCAUUAGUAACCUUCUCUGGCAUAGAAAAGGUUGGGAAUAUACUUCAUGCUUUGGAAACUACAGGACACAAUGGUUUUCCUGUGAUUGAUGAACCACCUUUCUCAGAUGCAGCAGAGUUGUGUGGACUUGUUCUGAGGUCUCAUUUGCUAGUGUUGCUUAAGGGGAAGAACUUCACAAAGGAUAGACUGUUCAUGGGCCGUAGCAUCUCGAAACGAAUUUCUGCAUUGGAUUUUGCAAAGGCUGGAUCAGGGAAGGGAAUGAAACUAGAGGAUCUUGAUAUCAAUGAGGAAGAGAAGAACAUGUAUGUUGAUCUUCAUCCCAUAACUAAUGCAUCACCGUACACAGUGCUCGAGACAAUGUCACUUGCCAAAGCUGCCAUUCUCUUCCGCCAACUCGGACUUAGGCACAUGUGUGUUGUCCCAAAGAGCCAAGGGAGACCACCAGUUGUUGGGAUUCUAACGCGCCACGACUUCAUGCCGGAGCAUAUUUUGGGACUAUACCCUGGAAUCAAUCCUCACAAAGAGGACUGAAUGAUCAUAGUAAAGUAGUUGUCUUUGUUUACAUUGAAGUACUGCUUCUGGUGCAGUCAUUUGCUUCAGGAUUAUCAAAGUUCUUAUGUACAGUUAGCUCAGAGUGGAAUAUUUUAUACAAAGAAAAUAAGCCUUGAAGCAAAAAGGUUGAUGCUUUCAGAUGAACAUUUUUGCAACACAAAUUAACCGACUUUUGUUGGUUUUGUACUACACAUUUAAUAAAGAUCUAUUGUUCAUUUUGCUAA